AACAUCCUCAUGGGAGCAUUACCAUGUGCAACAUGUCUUUGCACAUGUACGAUAGCAACAACGGUCUGACACUCGCCCUAACCAGAACCUGAAUUUACUGAAUAAUUCUCUCUCCGUUACCAUGGCAAAAGAAUUUGAGGGAAAGGUUGCUCUUAUCACAGGAGCGGGCAGUGGCAUUGGUCGCGCAACGGCUCUGAAGCUCUCCUCCCUUGGCGCUUCAAUCUCCCUUUGCGACAUCAACCAAUCCAACCUUGAAGUCGUCGCUUCAGAAAGUAGCACACCCUGUUACACACAGAAAGUCGAUGUCGGCAAGAAGGAGGAAGUGGAAAACUUUGUUAACAAUACAGUCAAGCAACUAGGAGGCCUGAACUAUGUAUUCAACUGCGCAGGCGUGAACCCAACCAGUAUGAAAGUCGAAGACACGAGCGAAGAGUACUGGGACAAACUGGUAAACAUAAACCUGAAGGGCGUCUUCCUCGUCACACAAGCAUGUCUACCUCAUCUUGAACGCGGCUCGGCAAUUGUCAAUGUCUCGAGCAUCAGUGGCAUCCGCGGCUCAGCCCUGCAGUCUGUAUACUGCACUACCAAAUUUGGGCUCAUUGGCAUGUCCAAGUCGCAUGCACUCGAGUUUGGGCCCAGGGGCAUCAGAGUCAAUUGCGUGGCGCCGGGGUACAUUGACACGCCGUCGAAUGCGGGUAUUGUGAAGGGAGGAGAGGCAGUGGAGAGGAUGCGGAAUGGAAAUGCGCUGGAGAGGUUGGGGACGCCGGAGGAGGUGGCGGAUGUUGUGGCGUUCUUGUUUGGAGAUGGUGCGAGGUAUGUGAAUGGGGCUGUUGUGGAGAUUGAUGGGGCAGUGAGGAUGAGCAGUACAACGAGUAAAUAAGAUGACUCGCGAUAGAAGACUCAAGCAAGUAAACUGGGGGGAAAUAUAUGAUGGUGAAUCCAUUUGGAGACUGA